CUAAAUUGUCAAAAUUUUAUGAUUUGGACAAAAAAAAAUUAGUUAAAUUAAUUAAAAGUUAAGAUAUGGCGACACUGGGACGACAUCUCUCACGAUCUCUCGCGUACCAGCUAAAGCAGCCCAGAUGGAACCGAUUGUUUUUGAAGUCGCACACUAACUUGCAUUCAGUAUCCGUUUACCUAGGACAACCAAGGGUGUUCAGUAUUAAAUCCCCUGAGAACGAUGGUAAUCCGAAUAAAAAUAGAAAAUCGAACGAAGUUCCUCUACCGACUAAACUACGGCCCUCUAACUCCAGGGCAGUUUUAGUCAAGGGGAGACGUAAGCUCAAGAUCUCUUUGAGUUGGGACAAAAUCAAUGGCUGUCUGCUAUAUCUUUCGCAUCUAAAGGCUCCCGCUUCGAACACUUCUUCUGAUCCCAUUUGCCUUAGCCAACAACGAUCGUUUUCAAAGAAGGCAGAUGAAGACCAAUGUUAUUGCAAAAUCCUCGAAGAGGAGAACUGUGCUUUGGAGCCCUUGCCAAAAGAAGAAUCUGGCAAAUCAUGCAAUUCUUCCAGGAUAUCCAGGAAGCGAAAACAUAUGCUGGAACAGAAGAAAAAGGCGGAGGAAGCUGAAUCUGCUGCGGAAGAGCAGUCGACCGAGAAGAAUCUCGACGAAGCCGUUGAUGAGUUGAAGCACAGUUGCAUGUUGGAAUCCCAGAAAAAGGACUGCGAGAAGAAGCAAUACAAGGCACUCUGCGAGGCACUGAGGUCUUCGAAGUGCCAGGAUGAUCCGAAAACCGUAGAUUCCCUCAUCAAGUGCAUGUUGACUGGCAUAAAGAAAGCCUGUGCUGCUCACGCCCAAAAGAUGGUCUGCGAGCAGAAGUACGCCAAGGAAAUUGCCGAGGCAAAAGCCGCCAAGAAGGAAAAAGAGAAAAGAGAAGGAAAGAAACUAGACUGUGCAAAACUCAGAGAGAAAGCCGAAACCGGCAACUUGAGUAAGGCCGAAAAGAAAAAGAAGAAGGAAGAAGACGAGCUCAAGCGAAUUCUUCAAGAAAUAAAGGACACCUGCAAAAAGCAGCGAGAAGAAGCUGAACAAAAGCAGAAAUGUGAGCAGCUGCAAAAAAAGAAAUGCGAGGAAGCUGCUGCCAAAAAGAAAUGCGAAGAAGCUGCAGCCAAGAAAAAAUGUGAAGAGGCAGCGACAAAAAAGAAAUGUGAGGAAGCUGCGAAAAAAAAGAAAUGUGAGGAAGAAGCUGCUAAGAAGAAAUGUGAAGAAGCAGCUGCCAAAAAGAAAUGCGAAGAGGCAGCGAAAAAAAAGAAAUGUGAGGAAGAAGCUUCCAAGAAGAAAUGUGAAGAAGCAGCGAAAAAAAAGAAAUGUGAGGAAGAAGCUGCCAAGAAAAAAUGUGACGAUGCAGCGGCAAAAAAGAAAUGCGAUGAAGCAGCUGCCAAAAAGAAAUGCGAAGAGUCCGCAGCCAAGAAGAAAUGUGAAGAGGCAGCGGCAAAAAAGAAAUGCGAGGAAGAGGCCGCUAAGAAGAAAUGUGAAGAGGAAGCGGGCAAAAAGAAAUGCGAAGAGGCAGCGAAAAAAAAGAAAUGUGAGGAAGAAGCCGCUAAGAAGAAAUGUGAAGAAGCAGCUGCCAAAAAGAAAUGCGAAGAGGAAGCGAAAAAAAAGAAAUGUGCGGAAGAAGCCGCUAAGAAGAAAUGUGAAGAAGCAGCUGCUAACAAGAAAUGUGAAGAGGCAGCGAAAAAAAAGAAAUGUGAGGAUGAAUCCGCUAAGAAGAAAUGUGAAGAAGCGGCUGCCAAAAAGAAAUGCGAAGAGGCAGCGAAGAAAAAGAAAUGUGAGGAAGAAGCUGAGAAGAAGAACUGUCCAGAAGAGAUAAAGAAAGAGUGUGAACUUGCUGAUUUUAAGAAGAGAUGCGAAGAAGUAAAAAAAAAAUUAAACGAGCAGAAUUGUGAAGAAAAGAAAGACAAAUAGGUAGCCAUUUUAAAGGACAUGCUUCCGGAGACGUGGAGAUGGAGUCCCAGGACGAGGGCUAGUUGAUUGCUUUAUUAUCUUUUAUUACUUACGUUCCGAAAUUAACAAAAUGUAAUACUGAAAUCAGACAGAAUCUCUGCAUCAAGUCGAAUCCAUAUCAAACCACCAAUCCAAAUACACCUUUUGAUAGAGA